AUGCUUGACUUGAACUCUACUACUUUCACCCGCCCCAGUGCAUUCAUCCUGAUGGGCAUACCUGGUCUAGAAGACUCGCACAUUUGGAUUUCUAUCCCUUUCUGCUCAAUGUAUGUCAUUGCUCUUCUGGGAAAUACACUCACUCUGUUCAUCAUUAGAACUGAGACUGUUCUCCAUGAGCCCAUGUUCUAUUUCCUUUCCAUGUUGGCCAUCACAGACCUCAUCUUGUCAACUUCAACCCUUCCCAAGAUGUUGGGCAUAUUCUGGUUCAGUUAUCAUGCAAUCAACUUCCAUGCUUGCCUCACUCAGAUGUUUUUCAUCCAUGCGUUUUCUGCAGUGGAGUCAGGGCUUCUGGUGGCCAUGGCCCUUGACCGGUAUGUGGCAAUUUGCAACCCCCUGAGACACUCUUCUAUUCUUACAAACUAUGUGGUCCUGCACAUUGGUUUGGUGGCCCUUCUCCGUGGGUUAGUGCUAAUGACACCACAUCCCUUUCUGGUAGGGAGGUGGUCCUAUUGCCGAACUAAUGUGGUUCCCCACACAUACUGUGAGCAUAUGGCUGUGGUCAAAUUGGCUUGUGCAGACAUUACCAUCAAUAGUCUUUAUAGUCUGGCAGUCAUUAUGUUUAUUGUUGGGACUGAUGUGACAUGCAUCUCUCUGUCCUAUGUACAGAUAUCCCGUACUGUAUUCACUCUCCCUUCUAAAGAAGCCAGGAUGAAGACCCUCAGCACUUGUGGGUCCCAUGUUUGUGUCAUCCUCACCUUCUACAUCCCUGCUCUUUUCAGCUUCCUCACUCAUCGUUUUAGUAGGCAUAUACCGCUCCAUACCCACAUUUUGCUUGCCAACAUGUACUUAUUGGUACCUCCUAUGCUGAACCCAAUCAUCUAUGGAGUACGGACCAAACAGAUCAGAGAGUAA